AAUUCGGCAUGCUCAAGGUUUUUUUCCCCCAGUGAUCACAGCGGCAUUGGUGGUAUGUGCCACGAGCACAUUCAUGCAUGUCCAGCAUGGAGAAAGGAGCACCCAUGUUAUGACUGUAUCUUUGUUAACGUGAAUCCAGACCUUGACGAAAUGAGGGGUAUGGAUGUU